AUGGAACACCAACAAAGAAAAAGCGACCGCAAGAUAUCUCCCCGUUCCCAACAUGGAUGCACAAAUUGCCGCCGGAGCAAGGUCAAAUGCGACGAGAACAAGCCAAUUUGCACCCGAUGCUGGCAGAAAGACCUGCAGUGUUCGAGUAACUUUCAACUCAAAUGGGAGUCAACUUACCGUGAUCGUGGUAUCGCCUUUGGCAGGACUGGACUCUGGGGCAAAAAUGCACCCAAAAAUCGACAGACUCCAACGCGCUCGACAGAGUCAGGUCCAACCUCCCAGGAGGAGGCGACAUGGCUUGCGACUCCGACUAUUCAACCCUGGACAUUUCUCAAUAGCGAUAUGUCCUUAAUCCGCCGAAUUUAUGAUGAAGAGCAAGGCCAUACCCAGCGAGAGCUUUUACCGGCCUUUGAUGUCAAAUUGGCAAUUGGCGAGCAAGAGCCUCGUGGGAAAAUUCUAUCACCCUCGAGCCCAAUUUCUCCUUCGUGUCUGUCUGAGCAGACCCUCCCAUCAUCUCUAUCGAUCUUUCCAUCACUGGAUGAGAUUGGAAACCGAUCAUUGUUCGACUACUAUAUCAAUCACAUAUGCCCUCGUACAGUACAUAGCCCUCUUUCGCAAUCGCCAUUUGCAUCGGUUAUACUUCCUUAUUGCGUCUCAGCGACGCCCACAGUUCUACGCGCAAUCCAGGCGCUGGCCGCCUGCCACUGGGCCCAAUACGACCCCCAAUAUACCAAUAUCAGUCUGCAAUUAAAGUCACGAGUUCUCAGAGAGUUCCGGAAACGAAUCAGUUCUGACGGGGGCGCUGUAUUGGAAUCGGACCCUGAAAUCUUGGUAAUUGUGAUGUUUCUAUGUCUUUUCGAUAUCGUGGAUUACUGCAAUAGUCAAUGGAUCGUUCAUCUGCAAGGAGCGAAAGAUAUCAUUCGACUUCGAAGACGACAGCAGAUCUUGGCUAGCGGAAAUGCAGACCCGCGGCAAGACGAAGUAUCCUCGUUUGUGGAGCUUUUCUUUGCUUUCCAAGACGUUAUGGGGCGGACUGCUUGCGCGAAAGCAGACCUUUUCGGGCCACGAUACUGGGACGAAACGGAUACAACAAUUAAUCCCUGGAUGGGGUGCAGUCCUGCGCUUGUCUCGAUAUUGUUCUCGGUUAUGGAUCUUAGUCGGUCACGACGGUCUAUGUUCUUGAGUGAUGACCAGAUUAUAUUUGAGACUAGAGCUGCCACGUUGAAAGACAGGCUCCAAAAGCUUGAACAAAAGCCCCGUACCAAUGAAAGUGACCAGACGAUUCCUAGAAUUGCCGAAGUGAAGAGACUCACUUGUAUGGUCUUUCUGAAAUGCGCGUUGUAUGGCGGGCGGCCGUCAGACACGGAGAUCAAGACUUUGGUCAGGAAGAUAAUAAUGGAGAUUCAAGAGCUAGUAGCCCUGGAAGCAGUCUGCCAACUUAUUUGGCCUCUUUUCGUUGCUGCUGUAGAGCUGGAUCCGCUUGACAUUGAACUUUUUCCCAACCCACAAGAUGGAUAUGUGACUAAUGGGAGAAGGCUUGUAUUGGAAUUACUCGAAACAAUGGCCAUGAGCAGUGUCUCGAGUGUUCAUCGGACGCGCGUGGUUAUUGAACAGGUUUGGAACUCUCGAGACUUUAGCGUAUCAAAGUCUCCGGAAACCGUACGAGCGUCUACCAUGGAUUUAAACGACUGGGAGCAAUACGUUGUACCAGUGAGCGAUGCUUUGAGCUUGGUAUAG